AUGGGCAAGGCAAAGAAUAGAGUUGAAGAAGAAAAGCUUACCAGGAAAUCAGAUGUUGACGAGUGUUCCCUGGGAACUCACAAAUGUCACUCAAACGCAACCUGCAAUAACACUAUUGGCUCCUACGAAUGUCACUGUCGCAGUGGAUUUUCUGGAAAUGGGAAAACAUGUUCAGAUUUUGAUGAGUGUUCCCUGGGAAGUCACAAAUGUCACUCAAACGCCACCUGCAAUAACACUAUUGGCUCCUACGAAUGUCACUGUCGCAGAGGAUUUUUAGGAAAUGGAAAAACAUGUUCAGAUGCUGACGAGUGUUCCCUGGGAACUCACAAAUGCCACUUAAACGCAACCUGCAAUAACACUAUUGGCUCCUACGAAUGUCACUGUCGCAGAGGAUUUGCUGGAAAUGGGAAAACAUGUUCAGACGUUGACGAGUGUUCCCUGGGAACUCACAAAUGUCACUCAAACGCAACCUGCAAUAACACUAUUGGCUCCUACGAAUGUCACUGUCGCGGAGGAUUUGCUGGAAAUGGGAAAACAUGUUCAGACGUUGACGAGUGUUUCCUGGGAACUCACAAUUGUCAUUCAAACGCAACCUGCAAUAACACUAUUGGCUCCUACGAAUGUCACUGUCGCAGAGGAUUUGCUGGAAAUGGGAAAACGUGUUCAGACGUUGACGAGUGUUCCCUGGAAACUCACAAAUGUCACUCAAACGCAACCUGCAAUAACACUAUUGGCUCCUACUCAUGUUAUAAUUAUGGUUCAUGAAGAUAAUUUUCACUAUCGUUCAUUUCAGAUGCUGACGAGUGUUCCCUGGGAAAUCACAAAUGUCACUCAGGCGCCACCUGCAAUAACACUAUUGGCUCCUACGAAUGUCACUUUCGCAGAGGAUUUUUAGGAAAUGGGAAAACAUGUUCAGGCAAGAAUAUUUUAAUCGAAUUUAUAAAUGCAAAAUUUACGAUGGCACCGGGAUUUACCAAAGGAUCGAUAGUUGAUUCAUUUUUCUUGUCCUUCAUCGACUCUCCGCUGCGCUGCGGCAUUUAUGAAAUUGACCCUGACGGAAAGGGAAGUUUCAAAGUGUUUUGUGAUAUGACAACAUCAGGUGGAGGAUGGACUGUAUUUCAACGUCGUCUUGAUGGAAGUGUUGACUUCUACCGAGGAUGGCAAGAUUACAAACAAGGUUUUGGUAACUUGAGCGGAGAAUAUUGGCUUGGUCUUGACAAAAUACACAUGAUGACAAACAUUUCACAAAAUGAACUUCGUAUCGACCUGGAAGAUACGUCUGGAAACACCAGAUACGCUCAUUAUGAUUCAUUUAAUGUCAGCAGCGAAAGUGAGAAAUACAAGUUGAAUGUUGGAGGUUAUAAUGGUACAGCAAGAGACAUGUUUUCAUAUCAUAGCGGUAUGCCUUUCAGCACCAAGGAUUCUGACAAUGAUCAUGAUGGACACAACUGUGCAGUUCAAUACAAAGGAGCCUGGUGGUAUCGUAGUUGUCAUCGAUCCAAUUUGAAUGGUUUUUACUAUUAUGGGCAUCAUUUAUCGCACGCUGAUGGAGUCAACUGGAGAGAUUGGAAAGGAUAUCAUUAUUCUCUGAAGUCAACUUCAAUGAAGAUACGACCACGUGAAUUUGGAAAGAAGAAAUAA